AUGGAGGUGGCCGUACUUUACUCGAAAAAGAUUGGAGAGGUUGCGGAUAUGGACAUUGAUGAGACUGCUGACAAUGAACAAAGUUGGGAAGAUAUGGUUGUGGAUGCGUCUGGAGAUUUCAAUCUGUCACAUGUUUUAGCUGUUGUUCCGAUUGAGGGGGAGUGCACGGAUAUGCAAGUCAUUGCCACAAACGAUUCAAUGAAAGGUCGCACACCACUCGAACCGGUUGCUAGAGGUGGCGAUAAUCAUACGCACAUGUUUCAAGGUUCACCAGAUCAGUCGCAAGCUAUUGUACUGUGUGACGAACCCCCUUCCCAAGGUGACCGACUGGAGAUAUACUCGGGGUCUAACAAAAGGCCUUAUAGUACACCAACUCGUCUGCUUACUCAUGAUGGUUUUGACGAUGAGAAGAUUAUUUUACCGCUUCUGGCUGAUGGAUCGCCGGUAGACAGCGAACACGAUGAGCCAGACCACAAACGUCAAUGUGGUGACGGUUACGAAAUUUCGCUUUCUGCUACUGAUGUACCGAUGAAUUUACGAGAGGCGCUGCAGUCAAUCGACGCGAAACAAUGGAAAGCAGCGAUUAAAGCAGAAUUUUUUUAA